CUUAAACGAAACACGCUUAUUGUCUGAAAAGACUUUGACUGAGAAUCUGAGAUCUAGGGCUUUUCUUCCUCAGAUCUAGUUUUUUUUUUCUCAGUUUUCUCUCUCGAUGCCUCCAAGAAAAAAGAAGAGAGUUGAGGAGAUGGAGCUUUACCAGAGCCCAGCAGUCCGUGCACAACAGUUCGGUCGGUCGUUCGACAUCAUCACGAAAGAUGCAAACUCGGUACAUGCACAGACCGGUGCAAAUGUAGCAUUUGCGGCCAUCGCGGAGAACGACAGAAGAGUCUCUCAUGCUACUCCUCCCGGUAUGGUCGACAUCUUAAGUCGACGUGGAUUUGCUCCCACCGAGCCGGUGAGCAGAUACGGAGUUGCGGAGAGCGAUCUUCAUCUCACAACGAUGGCUGCAAAUGAACUGACGGAGUUGGCGGAGCAGGCCGAGACGGCUGUUACAGCUAUCACGGCGGAGCUGGCCGGACGCAAUGCCAAUAAUGACUAGAAUCACGAGCUAGAAAUAUAUAUGUAUGUGUGUAAGUGAAAACUUUAACUUUCUCUGUUAUCUUGUCUUGUAGUUCUAAGUGUAGGUGUAACUUGCGAAUUCUAGUGUCAUCUAAUAGUUUAGAGAAAACUGAUGAAUGAUUGGAAGAAAAAACUACUUUCUUUAGUUUGCUUUUCCCAGUUUUUCUUUCA